AUUUAUCACAGACCUUCCUGCUGACAUCCAGCACGACCGUACACUGCCAGCUUCAUCGGGACUGAUACGGCUCAAGUCACCGCUACGGUGCUUCGUGGUCAACGGGAUUUUCCAAAACCUCCACAUGUACGUGAGAGCAUUUUUGUCCAUGCUUCCGAUGUUAUAAAAGCCAUGCGAGACUCGUCUGUAGCAGUGGUGCCUCAGUAGCAUCUGUACCUCUCAGACGAUGCGGUCCUUCUGUCAACUUCUGCAACUGCUGGCCUUGGGCAUCACUCCGGCCCUCAGUGUGCCCUUCGCGUCUCGAGACGUGGAACCCUCGCCCACAGCAGCUCUGGAUUAUGGAACGUACCAAGGUGUCACUUCGGGUAGUGUGACCUCCUUCCUUGGGAUGAAUUACGCCCAGCCUCCAGUGGGAAAUCUACGCUUCGCGGCUCCCCAGGAACCUGAGCCAUUCACCGGGGUUGCAGAUGCUACGACCUACGGAGCAGCGUGCCCGCAGCAGGACAUUGUGCUUCCCGAACUCUUGCCGAAGAACGUGACGAUCACUACGUCUGGAGGUUUAGUUUCCGAAGACUGCUUGAACCUCAACGUUAUCAAGCCAGCAACUGCAUCAGCCGGGGAUAACCUUCCUGUGCUAUUUUGGAUCUUCGGAGGCGCAUUUGAGAUUGGAGACGCAUCAACGUACGAUGGAUCACUGUACGUGGAAAGAUCCAUCGCACUUGGUCAACCGAUCAUCUUCGUGGCCCCGAAUUACCGCGUAAAUGCAUUUGGAUUCCUGGCCAGCCAAGAAGUCCUGGAUGCGAACGCAACUAACCUCGGGCUUCGCGAUCAGCGGCUCGCGUUACAAUGGGUCAACAAGUACAUUUCGCAGUUCGGAGGCGACCCUGAGAAGGUAACAAUCUGGGGAGAAAGUGCUGGCGCAUACUCUGUCGCUGCUCACCUGGUUUGGAAUGACGGCGAUACGGGCGGUCUGUUCCGCGCCGGGGUCAUGGAAUCAGGACCUCCGAUCUCCUUGGGAACUGUCGCGGAAGGGCAACAAUACUAUGAUCAACUGGUGGAAAAUGUGGGCUGCUCCGGAGAGGCCGACACUUUAGCCUGCCUUCGCGCCGUAGAUUAUGUGGUACUACAAGCCGCGAUCGCGUUGAGCCCCAGCUUCUUCAGCUACCAGAGUCUGACGCUGGCUUGGGAACCGCGAAUCGACGGGCAAUACAUUCUACGCGGCGGGAUGAAGUACAUACAGCAGGGGUUGUAUGCUAAGGUACCGGUCAUCAUCGGAGACUGCUAUGACGAGGGAACUCUCUUCUCUUUUGCCAACACUAACAUCACAACGGAUGAGGAGUUCCUCGAAUAUGUACAGUCUAACUACAUCCCUAUUGCUUCUGAUUCACAAAUCGAAGAUUUGGGAGAGGCAUACCCCUCCGACAUUUCCGAGGGCGCGCCAUAUGACACCGGCUUGCUGUGGGCACUAACGCCGGAGUUCAAGCGCCUUGCGUCUUUCCAAGGCGACUGGUUAUGGCAAGCACCUCGUCGUUACUUCUUGGAGACAGUAUCGCAGACCCAGGAUGCAUGGGCAUAUCUUUACAAGCGUGGCAGCGUGACGGUGCCUUACUUGGGAGCGGCGCAUGCAACCGAUCUCCUGGAGUUCUUUACCUCUAUCGAUUACAUUGCACCAGAUGCGCUCAUCUUCUUCACUACGAAUCUCAAUCCCAAUGCUCCGGCAGAUCUUGAGUCUGGUCUCAGCAAGCUAUCGGACAUCACUUGGGACCAAUGGGGCUCCGAUGCAUCUGCACCGCCGUUGUUGACCUUCGUCGAUCCUGCACCUGAGGUCGAAAUCACUGCAGAUACUUUCCGGGCUGAUGCAAUUAGCCUACUGAACGAACUGAUGUUGCUAUUCCCGUAAAAUGUAACCACGACUGUCAUGGCACGACGAACUGUAGUACGAAUCAAACCAUCGCUUACACCGAGCGUCAUUGAUCAUACCGAGUACAAAGACAAAGCAUCCUACCUGCUGUGCUGAUCAAUACACUCAUAUACACAUCUCA